AUGAAAGAAACUCCAUUAUCGACGUGCGAAAAGAAUUUUAUAAUUCAAGCAAUUAAACAGAACCAGCGUUUGGACGGACGAAAGAAUGAUGAAUUUAGGAGUAUAAAAAUUAAUUACGGUGCCGAAUGGGGUAGUGUUUUAGUUGCUUUGGGUGAAACCAAAGUACUUGCACAAGUGUCCAGUGAACUUGGAGAACCUAAGGCGACUCGUCCCAAUGAGGGUAUUUUCCACAUAAAUGUCGAGCUGGGUCCAAUGGCUGCUCCUCAUUUUGAAGCUGGUCGCAAUUGCGAGUUGACCGUACAGCUCAACAGGACCUUGGAAAGGACAUUCAAGGACUCGAAAUGUCUAGACUUGGAAUCUUUGUGUAUAACAGCUGAAGAACGUGUCUGGAUUUUGCGGGUAGACUUGAACGUUCUUAAUCAUGAAGGAAAUUUAAUUGACUGUUGCUCUAUUGCCACUCUUUGUGCUCUAAUGCAUUUUAGAAGACCAGAAGUGAGUAUAGUUGAAGACGAUGUAAUAAUACACACCGCCGCCGAAAAGGAGCCACAGCCUAUGGUCAUGCAUCACUAUCCAGUCUGCGUUAGUUAUUGUACAUUCGAUGAAGGCUCAAUCGCUGUGGCAGACCCUACAGUUAUAGAAGAGCGCACUAGUGAAUCACAAAUGAUUUUUGGAAUCAAUUCAUUCCGAGAAUUGUGUUGUUUAAAUUUAGGCGGCUCUUCCCUGACUAGCUCGGCGUUGUUACUGCAAUGCUCAAAGAGGGCGGCGAAACAUGCAAAGUAUGUUGUGGAACUGGUGAAGCAGACUUUAGAAACCGACAUAGCAGCCAGAGAGUCCCGAUCAAAUGUAGGUUUUACGGAAUGCCUUAAGCAAAAUGCCAUAACCAGCUUAGCUGAAGAUCGUUUGGUCUUAAAAUUAAGACAUUUUACUUUUGAUGAUGGAGAUAAAAGUCGCAUCGAUGAAAGCAAAUGUAAUGAAAUUGAUUUUGAGAACGAUAGAAUGGAGAGUGAUGGCGCUGACAAAGUCCCGACGGCUUCAAACGACAAAUGGACCGUAGAAGACAAGGAGGAUUGCAACAUGGAUAGCGAGGAUAACGCGCCAGACCAAGAAGAAUACACGAACCACCAAGAACAAGUCACUAAAAUUUCAAGCAAAGUACAAAACAAAAUUCCUAGAGACCCACAAAGUGAUUCUGAGGAGGAAGAAAAAAUUACCAUAUAA